CGCUGGCAACAGGCGCUCCCUGCUCCGGUCCAGUGCUGCACUCUAUCGUUGCUAUGGUCUCCACACUCGCAGCCUGGGGCUCCAUCACUCUAGCUCUGCUUGUGGUCCUGCAUGAAGGGAAGGGCCAGGCUACCUCCACACUGAAGCAGCAGGGGCUUUCAUCCAGGGCCCGAGGCACGCACCUGAGGUUUCGCCGUUGCUCCUGCAGCUCCUGGCUUGACAAGGAAUGUGUCUACUUCUGCCACUUGGACAUCAUCUGGGUGAACACUCCUGGACAGACAGCUCCUUACGGCCUGGGAAACCCGCCAAGACGCCGGCGCCGCUCCCUGCCAAAGCGCUGCGAGUGCUCCAGCUCCAGAGAUCCUGUCUGUGCCACCUUCUGCCAUCGAAGACCCUGGGCUGAAGCUGUGACAGUCCCAAGCAACGAGCCGCCCGCAGCCAUGUUACAGACUGGCAAGACCUGGGCCACAGAUGGUGCGCUCCUCCAGAGGCUGAGGGACAUUUUUGCCACCAGAGUCCACUUUGCUAGACGACAGCAGGCAGCAACAAGGGAGUCCAGGCCUGCACACUCCAGGUGGAGAAAAAGAUAGCACCCUGAGCCGCAGGAGUAUUGAGAAGGAAGCCCACCUGCCUUGCAAUGAAGGAGACCCUCUGCGUGUCUCCCGGCCUAGCCACCCGGACCCGUGUGCUGGGCCUAGUGUGUGCUCCAGCCUCCAAUCCUAGUGAAGGGAGUGUUGCUCAAGGCAGCUCCAUGCCACCACACUGCCCAGGAGAGCCCCCAGCUCCCAGGUGGCAGGGCAGCCCCUGGUGCUGGCUACUGGCCACAGCCCUGCCAAAAGGAACUACGUGGAGUAGUGGUGAGCUUGGAGGCCCAGUCCUGAGGACCGUCUGGUCUGCGGGACUACAGGGCAGGAGCCAGCACAUGGCAGGGCGCACUCACUUGUUAGCCAGUCCUGGGGGCUGGACAUCCCCCGGCGGCCUGGCUGGUCCCCAUCUGCCCUCUCUGCUGUCCCUUCCCUUUCUUGGGCCCUCCUGCCCUUGGGACCUUGCUGGUGAGAAGAACUUGUUCUGCUUCAAACAUCUGUAUAUAACUUAUUUGUGCUAAGGACUUUGAGAAUCUCAUUUAUUUAUUUUAAUGUAUUUUUUUAGAUCUUCAAUUAUUUA